CCGUUUGUAGCUCAAAUGGGAAGUGAAUACAAUAAUACCAACAAGCCCCGCUAUGACAUUAGCAUGUCUAGAAGAACUCGAAGACCGCAGUCAAGAGCCCUCUUUGGAGAGAAAGUGAGUGCGUUGAAAGACGAGGAAGAUAAAGUUGUUGAAGAGGAAAAUGAAGAAGAGAAGAGAAAGAAGCGGUUUAUGGAAUUUUUCGGCGAAAAGGAAGAGGAGGAGGUAGAAUGCCGAAACUCUCUUGGAGAACGUUUCACGGAGGAAGACAAGCAACACCAAUUGGUGGUGAUACACGAAAAAGGGAGUGACAGUGUGAGUCUUAAGAAAAUGGUAAGUCGUUGUGCCAAGAUGUGGGGCGGUCUGAUUAAGAUCAAAGGAGGUUCUCGUAAAAAACGUGUACUUCAGCUUACGAUGUGACUAUUGAUC